ACUUGGUGGGGGUGAGUGGGAAAAGAUGCUGAUUGAGCGGCUGCCUGUCUUGCCGGGUUUGCCCUCACGAAGCUGUAGGGACGAAGCAAACACAGUCGGGGAGCCCAGCCAGACCUCAAACACGGGACUUUUCCACCUGAGCGAAGAAGUUUUGGUGUUCAUCCUGCGCUUUUUAGACCCUUUCUCUUUACUCAGAGCGGGAAGCACGUGCAAGAGGCUCUUCAGGAUUUGUAGCUGUAGCUCCAUAUGGACCCGGCACUGCCAGGCAUUAUUUGGUGUAUCUUUCAGAACUUCUCCCGUCUCCCCAAAGGAUGCUUUCCGUCUUCUUUUCAUGUGGAGGAAACUCUACCAAAUGUUACCCUGUAAUAGACACUUUCAGAAAAAGCUGCUUGCAGAGUUUCCCCCUCCAAGGUACUGGAUUCAGUGGUUGGUAUUGGAAGAAAGAGUGCCUUUACCCCCAGUAAAACUCCCCGAUUUUGAAAUUGAAUACAUUUGGGGUGUUAAAAAAGAAUGUUUUGAUGAGACUCAUAAAGAGGAUUCAGAAACUUGUACAGGCUACAUUUUUAAAUAUGAUUGGAAGGAGCUCUAUCACCUUACCCUUCUGCACCAUGGAAGUUUUGGGAACCUCCUCCUACAUGUACUGAACAGACAAAAUGGCAAUGAUCACAGGGAGUUGGAAGAAAUGUUUGAACUAUACCAGCAGUUUAGAUUCCAGUGGCUAUUUUCAUACUGGCUCUUCAGACAGCCCAAGCCAUUUGACAAGCAGCUGCGAACAAUCUAUCUGCAGUGGAAAAAGUACAGCAAGCGCAAGGUGUCUUGGUGGGGGACAGCAUUGUGUGACGUUGAAUACCUGGUUUCCUUGCAUCAGAUUACUAGUGAUUACUGGAAGGGAAAACUGGCAAAAGGUGAUGAGAACCUGGGCAUUCAGACACUGGAGAAUUAUUUCUCAAUGUGCAAGUCCUUGGUGGCCUGGAUUCUUGGACGUGACUGGGGGAGAUUAAAGCGCAGAAAGGUUUACCAUGACACUCUAGAAGGGGUAUACAGGGUUCUGAAGACGGAAAUGCGGACUUCUCUUAUUGACCAUGACCAUUUCUGGCAAGUCGCAAAAGUACAAAUGGCAAGAGUGUGCAAACUUGAAGAAACGGCAGUAAAUUAUGUUAACUGGAAAAUGAUAGACUCUGGGCCUUAUUACAGGCUUUAUUUGGUGUCUGGAAACUCCAUUUAUUUGGAGCACAUUAAAGGUUUCCUGCGGAGAAAAAGGUUAAUCAGUGACUGGUUUCUUCAGGAUGAAAACCUCUGGGUCAGACAUCUUCUGUCGGAGGAGCUUUGCCAACUUCUUGAAUUUGACACAAAGAUUCUUGAAGGAAGUCUUCAUGGAGACACACUCUCAGCCCAUUUGAGUCGAAUCAUCUGGCUGUAUUUACAUUCUGGUCAGGAGCUGUAUAUGGAUGCUGUAAAAGGAUUUGUCCUUGAAUGUGCAGGAGCAAGACUGAAAUUUUAUAGUUCUGUCAAUACUGGAUUUUAUAGCUCAUCUUCUUCUGAUAGAGAAUGUUUGAAUACGCAUGUGGAACUUUGUGCUAAUGAACAUUUCUUAACCUAUGGCUGAAUAGUCAACAGCUUUUAAAUCUUUUUUUAAAAGAUUUUAUUGAAAUUUUAUAUGAAAAGUUGCUAACCGUUUUUCACAUUUUAGUGGUGUUUUACUUUUUGUAAAGAGGGCAUAAUUUUUAUGGUUUAGCUUUUUAGCUGGUCUCGUUCUGUCAUUUCACAUCUUAGAAUAUUUAACAAUAGCUCAUUUUAGAAUAAAUUUCCUUUCAUAAACUUUUUCUGUGUUUUUCCUUCCUGACAUGUACCUACACUUUUGCUAAUAUAUCCUAAUGAUAUUGGGAAGAACUUUGUAUUUAUUAUGUACACUCUCUUGAUUGAGAUGGAAGAAGAUGGUAAGAAUUGGUAGCCUUGUCUUCUACAUGUUGCAGGAUAAGUGAAAGAAUGGUAAAAGAAGCAUUAAACUUGUGUUUUCUA